UUAGUAAACACACACUCAUACACACACUCAAACUAUAUAUUCUCAGGUUUAAACCUGUUAUUCUAUGGUAGUUCUAGACAUCUUUUAAGCAUUCAAGUAAAAAGGAUCAGAAUAAAGAAGAUCACAAUGAAUAGGACUGUUAUAGAAGUGUUUGGCUUCUUGAUAUCCACCUUUGGUUGGUUUUUUGUGUCCUGCACAGUGGGAAUGGAUUAUUGGAGAGUUAGCUACAUAGGUGGUCAAGGAGGCUCAUGGAUCAUUAAAGCUGCAUGGUACUGGUCCACCCUUUGGAGAGACUGCUAUAUAGACACCAGCGAUGUCGCCAACUGCAGGGACUUUGACAUCAUGUGGGUUGUGAGACCUGGAAAUAGGUCAGAACAGGGAGCAAUACAGGCUGUGCGGGCAUUAUUGCUUCUUGGUAUGUUUCUGGGGUUAUUCGCUGCCAUAUUCUGCUUCAUUGGAAUGGACUGCACAUAUAUCGGUGGACAUGAGAAAACCAAGUACAAAAUAUUACUACUUGGAACCGUGCUUCAUUUUACAGGAGGUGUGUCUUGCCUUGCUGCUUAUUGCUUAUUCACAGGGAGACUGGGCACAAUAGUAUUUACACGCAUGCCUGAUGCACGCCUCCUAAGGUAUUAUAUAGGUCUUCCAGUAUUCUUUGGUUUGGUAGGCAGUGCUGGCAUACUCUUGGGCUCUGUUCUGUAUGCUGUGACUCUCUGCAGUGCCCUCAAAUCAAAUAGAGAAACGGGCAUUUCUGCUUCAAGAACUUACACAGUUCCUAGGACAUACAAGAGACAGAAGAAAGAUCAAACAUUAUACAUCAUAGACGAUGCAGCAUCAACUCAAUCUGAAUCCUCCAGCCAAUUGAGUAACCAAGCAUCAAGAAGAAGUUCUAUCAUUCUAGCUGACAGAGAUUCUUUUGUUUGAAUUUAGAGUGUGGACAAUGUCUCCAAAACUGUAAAUAUUAUUUGCUAACAUUAUAAGUGGAAAGUAACAAGCAAUGUGUACUCUUCUUACAGUAUAUCAUUCUUAAAUAAAAAAAGUCUACACAACCCUGCUAACAUAUUAGGACAUAAAGCCCACCCAGAUACUGCCAAAAGAAACAUACAAUCACCCCAAACCAUGUGGCCAAAUAUAAUAUGGUCUAAUGAGACCUAGGUGGAACCUUUGUCGUAAUAUUUUUUUAUACGGGCAAGAGUCAUUUUUUUGGUGCAAAAACAAAUGCGACUGCUCAUCACUCAAAGAACACCUUGAUGAAGCAUGAUGGUGGUAGCAUCAUUCUAUGGGGCUGCACAACAACAACCUUUAAUUUUAAUAGGGGAGUGUAGACUUUUUCUAUACAAUAUAGUUCACUGUAGUGUUUUUUUUGCAGUAAUGUUUGUGAGUAUAAUUAAAUUUUAGAAUGUUUACUUAAGAUUGUUUUUAAAAUAAAUUAAAUGCAAAUAUGCAAAAAAUAAUGCUACAUUUGACAUCAGAAGAGUGUAUGCCUAUUUAAAGACAAUAUACAAUAUAUGCAAAUAUUAUAUAAUCAAAAUAAAGCUGUG